GACUCCCAGCUGCUCUGUGUACUGUAGCCUGAUCAUCAUGCGUGAAAUUGUGCAUCUCCAAAUUGGACAAUGUGGCAACCAGAUCGGCUCAAAGUUUUGGGAAGUGAUCAGUGAAGAACAUGGACUCAAUGCAACAGGCCUCUAUGAGGGAGAGAGCGACCUCCAGCUGGAGAGGGUCAAUGUCUACUUCAAUGAGGCACAUGGUGGUAAAUAUGUCCCGAGGGCCCUGCUUGUUGACCUGGAGCCGGGCACAAUGGACAGUAUAAGAGGAAGCCGCAUCGGAGCCCUUUUUAGGCCAGACAACUUCAUCCAUGGGAACUCAGGGGCUGGGAAUAACUGGGCGAAGGGCCACUACACAGAGGGAGCGGAGCUGGUGGAGCAGGUGAUUGACAGGGUGAGGAACGAGAGUGAAAGCUGUGAUUGCCUGCAGGGCUUCCAGCUGGUUCACUCACUGGGGGGUGGCACCGGCUCUGGCAUGGGAACCCUCAUCAUCAACAAGAUCCGAGAGGAGUACCCCGACCGCAUCAUGAACAGCUUCAGCAUCAUGCCCUCCCCGAAAGUGUCUGACACAGUGGUGGAGCCCUACAAUGCCACCCUGUCAGUCCACCAGCUCUUGGAGAACACGGACGAGACCUUCUGCAUCGACAAUGAGGCCCUCUACGACAUCUGUUUCCGCACGCUGAAGCUGACCACGCCGACUUAUGGGGACCUCAAUCACUUGGUCUGCAUGACCAUGAGCGGGGUCACCACCUCUCUGAGAUUCCCUGGACAGCUCAACGCAGACCUGAGGAAGCUGGCUGUCAACAUGGUGCCUUUCCCUCGCCUCCACUUCUUCAUGCCAGGCUUUGCACCUCUGACGGCCCGCGGCAGCCAGCAGUAUCGAGCCCUCACCGUGCCUGAGCUCACCCAGCAGAUGUUUGAUGCUCGCAACAUGAUGACAGCGUGCGACCCAAGGCGGGGGCGCUACCUCACGGUUGCGGGCAUGUUCCGAGGCCGGAUGUCUACCAAAGAGGUGGACGAACAGAUGCUUGCAGUGCAACAGAAAAACAGCAACUACUUUGUGGACUGGAUCCCCCAUAACGUCAAGGUGGCUGUGUGUGACAUCCCACCCCGAGGCCUCAAAAUGGCCUCUACCUUCAUCGGGAAUAACACGGCCAUUCAGGAGAUAUUCCGCCGUGUGGGCGAGCAGUUCACCCUGAUGUUCAGACGCAAGGCUUUUCUCCACUGGUAUACGGGGGAAGGUAUGGAUGAACUGGAGUUCACUGAGGCAGAGAGCAACCUCAACGACCUGGUGUCGGAGUACCAGCAGUACCAAGAUGCCACUGCUGAUCUAGGUUGGGAAGCAGAGGAUGAGGAAGAGGAGGAAGGCUCAUCACUACUGACAACAAAAGUUCAGUCUCAGGUGGAAGUUAAAAAGGAAACAGUGCCGGAAACAAGCAAAGACACUGUAGAUGAGUAGAAGACAUAGGGCAUACAGUGUGGCGUGUAGGUUUGACACCUUGUUGCAAGGAUGCUGAAAUGUUGGAUUGUGGAUCUGAAAAGGAACUAUUAUUCUGUUGUUUAAUUUAUGCAUUUGGUUGAUUUAGAUAGACUUAACUUGAUAAAAGGUGCUGUGACAUUUAAACAAUAGUGCUUAUUGUCUUUUAUGUUUUCUUCAAAUGAUUUCAUAAGCUUGUAUAUUUGUUUUUAAAAAAUAAGAGAUUUUCCUUUUAUACUAUUAUACUAAUAUUUUUAAAUCAUGAAAAUUUUGCAUGUAUAUAUGAAAGGUUUUGUUAUGGCAGCUCUAUAUAAUCCAUAAGAAUGAAAUUGUGAUGUUAACACUCCUUGUGAAAUAUCUUUUUUUAUGACCUAAAGUAAAUGUUGCAUUGAGUGUUUUGUCUCUAAGUUAUGACGGUGACGGUAAAAACAGUAAAACCAGAGAGUCUUAGAGUCAUUACAGCACUAAAAAUAGCAAAAUGUUUUCCAACUUCAUUCAGUUUAGUAAUUUGUAGUUAAACUAUUCAACUCAGCUGCAGUGAUGGACAGUACUCUGACAGCACAGUGAUAAUGAUACCGUUCAAGGCUGUCACAGUUUCCUCCCGCUGUUACAAGUCUGGAACAUAGAGAUUAUACAUAACUUGGCCAGGGUGUCUGCACUCUGAGAUAAGCACGCAUGACGUGGAGAUGCCUCUGCUCUACUGCAGUAAAGUUGACUAGACUCAUUUACAGGGAUAAAGGAGAUCACGCUGUAUGUAAGCCACAUGUGAAUAUAGGUUAUGGUGGCAGACGCAGCGCAAUAGGCUUAAAGUUACAAGGUGGCAGUGAGGUCAAGAAGCCAGCGCUCACUCAACAGAUAGCUUUCAGCAGACAAGAAGUUAUUGUUUACACCUGUGCUUGAUUUUGUGACAUGUAAAAAUGUUAUUUAAAAAAAACUUUGUUAUUUGUUAGGAUGUAAGAAUGACAAUGAUGCUUAAAGAUUAGCUCUAAUUGCCCUAAUUUAACCUUUAAAUUAUGCAAUGUCUACUUCUGACCCCUUUUCACAGGUUGCAUAUGUCUUUUGAGUGUGACCGGUUCAAAGGCUCAGCCAAAGAGUGUUUUUUCUUGUUUCAUAUUUUAAGAGUCCAUAAGUAAACUUGUUUUUAUAAGUCAUUCAUGAUCAUAAAGUCUGAGACAAUAAACAUAACUUUCUUCAG